UCCGUAGGUUUUGUUAUUUUUAUAAUAAUUGCCCAUCUCUAAUACUAGUAACCUCGCGGUCCGCAUAUUGUUUAUUUAUUAUUUUAAUAAUAAUAUGAAUAUUUUAACUAAAGUAAACUUUACUAGCAGGGUGAGCUCGGUUUUAAACAAAGAAGUAAAGCAAUAUGGAAAACAGUUCAUGUUUGAUACAAAAGAAGAUACAUCUUGGAGUUCCGAUGAGGGAACCCCCCAAUGGAUUAUUUUGAGUUUUGAAGAACCACAAAACAUCACUGGAUUCUGUUUUCAAUUUCAAGGAGGAUUCGCUGGUCUGAAAUCCGAAAUAAUUAUGUUCUCCUCUGACGGAGCCCAUCUACAUCAAGAACCAUUUUAUCCAGAAGAUAUUAACUCCCCUCAGCUCUUUCAAAUUAAAGAUUCAGCCCGGCAAAAAGAUUGCUCUAAGAUUAAGUUUGUCUUCGAGUCUAGUACAGAUUUGUUUGGUAGAAUCAUUGUUUACAAUCUCCAGCUGUUAAGCUAGCCAUAUUUUAGUAUAAAAAUGUAUGUGUACAAACUCUGUUCUUAUCAACUUAUACAAAAAUGAACAAUUAUCUUUACA